AGUGAUGCAUUUCCUAUUUACAAGAAUUUUAUUUUCGAGAAUACGAAAGUGACACAUUGCAUAUUUGUAAUGAUGCGUUUCCUAUUUCCAAGAAUUUGAUUUUCGAGAAUACGAAAGUGCCACAUUGCAGAUUGUAAUGAUUCGUGUUUCCUCUAUUUCCAAGAAUUCAGCCCAGGACAUCAUUUGAACCUUGCAACACUGUCAACUCUGAAUCUUGAAUUUUCACUGUUUGCAUGACUUCUAGCCAUGUCUUCGACUCGUAUUCAAGAAAUAAAACGUUAUUUAGGAGAAAACGAUGAUUUUAUUCUCUACAUGUUCAAAGAAGACUUGGAGAUGAUCGAGAGCUGGGCUAAAGAACCGUCUUGUCAUGGCAAGCCGCGACCAAGCGGAGAAUUGUUUGGCCUUUGGACCAAUACUCAGAAUCCUGUUGUUCAUAUUGUUAUCAAUGAUAGUAAUUCCCAGUCUGAAAAUCCAAUAGAGAAUCCACUUUUCAGUUUUAUUGGUUAUUGGUCUUCUGAACGACUUAGAGAAGACGUUUGUUCAGAUAUUAAAUCUAAGCAGAACACACGCAUUGUUUUCGUGUCAGUUGAAGAGUUUCAACAAGACAACUUCGCCUAUCGUUCACUCCUUUUCGUAAACGAAGGACAAAAGCGCACAGGAAGAAUUGAGCCUUUGCAAGGUAAAAACCCAUUUAAGUUGUCAAACAUUCCACCCAAUGAAGAAGAAAAUGCGAGGAGAGAACGAGGAGAGAAGGCUGAGGGAAAAGUGUCAUCACUGCGUAAUAUAUUUGAGGCUAAAGCCAAGGUACAAAUAAGUCCGAGUUCCACAGCUAGAUGUAAUCCACAAGAAAUGACAAGUUAUGCAUCUGUUGCCAAACAAGCCAACCUAGGCAAUUGGUCAAAAGUACCUGAUCAGACUUCAACUAACACCACCUUCUUUUCCUCUAACUGUAAAACAUCUCCAAGUACACAAGAAAGACUCAAAGAAAAAGAAAGCGAAAAUGUGUCGGAUUAUAGCUGCACGAAUCAGUGGUACGAAAUACAACCAGAAACCUUAAGAAAAACCUUGGAUUUUGUGAGAUCCUUGGCUGAUGACCAGAACACAGUUAACAUAUCGAGGGAUAGGACAACACUCGACACGACCAUGACAUUUACACAUCAUAACAAUGAAUGGUCGAUUGACUUUCCCGCUGACUUUCCAGUGGGAUCUGUGAAGCUAAAGAAGAAGUUUAGGCCUUUUGAUGACACUUAUCCCGUAGAAGGGAGAGGGAAAAUUGAUAGAUUCAAGGCUGAGUUGAAACUUAUAUUGCAAGGCCAGUGUGAGCAAUGUAAUAAUUAUAAUACCAGGUACAAUCAUAGCAACAGAUACUACUAAAAUAGUAGCGUUAAAAGAUUGUAGCGAACUGAGAAGGAAAACUUUAUUUGGCUUUCUACUUAGGACUAUUUCAAUUUUUUUUCAAUAGUUUUAGGUCUUUUGAUGAUACUCAGUAUGCCGUAGAAGGGAGAGGGGAUAUUGAUAGUUUCAAGAAUGAACUGCGAUCUAUAUUGCAAGGCCAUUGUGUACGAUGUAAAUACCGCCAUCACUAAGCUAUUAUAUAAUAGCAAUGGAUACUACUUAAAUACCAGAAGAUCGUAGCGAAAGAAUAUUUGUUGUACGUAGUUUGAGCUAUAGAAGAAGUGUGGCUGGGAUAGGGCCUACAGUAGUCUCACUCCAUAAGAACUACUUAGGUUACAUUGAUAGUUUCAAAAAUGCCCCAUAAUUAUAACUGAUUGAGAAAAUAAGAAUCACUAUUGCUUACUGGGUGAACUGAAACCAAAUUCAUAGAAAAUUCCGUGAAUACUUUAUCUAUGAUUUAAAACUCUUGGAUACGCGAAGCACAGAAACGAGUUAUUGUGAGGGGUCUGAAUGUGCAAAUGUGUCACUUGCUCUCUAAGAUGUUAGCAGAUCGAUACAUUUUUAUCAAUCAUCUUACGUCAUCUGCUUACGAACGUUGCGCGAAACUUCUUAUCCAAUAAAGGGUGGACGAGGUAUUUAUACAA